AUGCCUAAGAAAGCUAGUUUGAAACGAAAUACACGUACCUCCAAAAAAGCAUCUGCAAGUCAAAAGAAAUUUACAUCUUCUAAACCAAUCAAGAGCAAUGAUAUUCAUAAUGACCUGGAUAAGGAUGUCGAAAACUAUUACUCUAAACCCGAAGAUUCUGAAUCUGAAGACUCUAACUCUUUUAAUAAUACACGUAUCUCUAAGAGAGCGUCUGCCAACCAACAGACGUUUAUAUCUAAUAAAAAGCAAACGUUUUCAAUCAAGCACAACAAAACCCUUAAUGACAUGACUAAGAAUAUUGGAAGUCGUAAUCUUGAAGACUAUAAUAAUAAAGACUUUGACUCCAUUAAUAAAUCAGCUUUGAACAACAAUGUUGAGGAUUCGUGA